AUGUAUAAAAUCCCCCUUUACUUUCCUCAGGAGUGUCAGUCAAUGCAUGUGUGUGUGUGAGGUGUCAAUCAAAGCGGCGGCUUCCCUUUCAUCUCUAUAGUCAGUCAGAGAUCAGGGGGAGGAGUACAGCACUACACUCUCUCCAGCCCAACAUUACUCUCAGUCUCUGCUGAGCUCAUUUCUGAAGAGGGACACCUUUUUACCCAAGAAACCAAACGGGAAUGACACACAGCAUCUGAACUCCAGCACUUUUUUUUGAGUCGGCUUUUUUUGAACAGGCGAAACUGUCCCGCGUUCAACUUCAACUUGUAACUUUUGCUUUUACAAACACCACAGGAGUCGUACUUUAACUUUUAGAAAACACCCAGCGUCGCUAUAUUGCAUUUCCCCUCUGGAUUCUCGAGUGUUACACCGGUCGUGCGCUCUUGUUGCCGUAGCUGAAAGUAUACGGGGCUUUUCUGUCGCACGCGUUCGCUUCCCGGGCGUUUGUAGGGUGAGGAGGACUUUCAAUCACCCGAGAAAUGCCGCAGUUGUCAGGUGGAGGAGGCGGCGGGGACCCGGAGCUCUGCGCCACCGAUGAAAUGAUCCCGUUCAAAGACGAGGGAGACCCGCAGAAGGAGCAGAUCUUCGCGGAGAUCAGCCACUCCGAGGAAGAGGGAGACUUAGCGGAGAUCAAGUCAUCUCUGGUCAACGAGACCGAAAUCAGUCCCAACAGUAACAGUCACGACGCAGCUAGACAGUCCCAAAUAACACCAGACUCUUAUCAUGAGAAGCACAGGGACCAUCCGGACGAUGGCAAGCACCAAGACAUGUACAGCAAAGGCCACCCGUACCCCAGUUACCCAGGAUACAUCAUGAUGACCAAUAUGAACAAUGAACCCUACAUGAACAACGGCUCUCUUUCGCCUCCCAUUCCCAGAACGUCAAAUAAGGUGCCGGUGGUCCAGCCGUCCCAUGCCGUUCACCCUCUCACUCCUCUGAUCACAUACAGCGAUGAGCACUUCGCCCCUGGCCCACAUUCGGGACACCACCCACAGGACAUCAACUCCAAGCAAGCAGGUAUGCCCAGGCAUCAUCCUGGACCGGACAUUCCCAAUUUCUACCCCCUUUCCCCUGGGGGAGUUGGACAGAUGACCCCUCCGCUGGGAUGGUUCUCUCAUCACAUGGUACCAGGCCCUCCUGGACCUCAUGCCACGGGAAUCCCCCAUCCCGCCAUUGUCAACCCGCAGGUGAAACACGAACCGCAGCACGACACAGACCUGAUGCACAUGAAACCUCAGCACGAGCAGAGAAAAGAGCAGGAGCCCAAAAGACCUCACAUCAAGAAACCUCUAAACGCUUUCAUGCUGUAUAUGAAAGAGAUGCGCGCCAACGUGGUGGCCGAAUGCACGCUGAAGGAGAGCGCCGCGAUCAAUCAGAUACUCGGGCGGAGGUGGCAUGCUUUAUCUCGGGAAGAGCAAGCUAAGUAUUACGAAUUAGCCCGCAAGGAACGGCAGCUCCAUAUGCAGCUUUACCCAGGAUGGUCUGCCAGAGACAAUUAUGGAAAGAAAAAGAAGCGGAAGAGGGAAAAGAUCCAGGAACCUGCUUCAGGUACAGGCCAGAGAAUGAAAACGGCGUACAUCUGAACAAUGGAGGAAAGCGGACUUCUUUUUCCUCUUGCAAAGCAAAGACAGCAGCUACAGGCCCCCUUUUAGAGAUGGAAGCCUGCUAGACUCCUCAACCUUUCACCCCUCCGUCACUUCUCGACCCCUGCGGAAUUUCCAGAGGGCCCCGGUCCUUGAAUCUGCUCCUCGGCUGCAGGCGCUGCUGUAGAGACGUUGAACUGAGAACAGACAAUCACCAACACAGGCCCUCACGCAGACCCGUGAAUACUCGUUUGAACGUUCCUUUGUUUUUUUUGUUUUUUUUGUUUUUUUUUAGUUUUCUGUCCUUAACUCACUCCCGAAGCCGAAGGCGUUGCACUGAUUAUGUUCCUCGACCGUUUGUAAAGCGCACAUAUGGCCAAAUGUAAACAAACACACACGUUCCUACACCUGUUCCUAAGUUAUUCUAAGUUAUUUGGCACCUCUGUCUUCUGUGUGUUCACGACGUCACUCCCUCACUUCCUUUCGUGCCCCGUAAAACGUAGCAAAGGGGGCCGACACACCUCACGGCGUUCCGUCGCAACAUUUUAGGGAUCUGGAAAACAGUCUCCGUGGGUUGCGUUUUUCAUUAUGACACAUUGGUGCAAAAAAGGAUCGAUGUUUUGAUUUCUCCUCAGCAUCUUGGGUUCAAGUUUAUGAAUGCUUUUUUUAAUUAUUAUUCUUUAUUUUCAUUUCUCGGUGUAUAUUUUAAGUGAUUUUUUUUUUUUUUUUAAUCAUUAUUUUAUAUAUAUAUAUAAUGGUAUAUGAAAAUAAGCUUGGAGACAGGAAAGCCAUUUUUCUUGUUGAAGCGUCUUGCAGAAAUAACAUUUGAAAGUCUUCUUUUUGAUAACUAUUUGUAACGGAUAUCGACUUCUCAGUCUUGCGCAGAUGUAAAAUAAUGCUCAAUGUGUACUUUUUAAAAAGAGAUGUCUGGAUGUCACUUUUCUUGGUAUUUUUGCAGGCAACAUUAGGACAAAGGUGAAAGAGUAGGUACCCAGAGGCCUAUAUUUUAUUGAUCUAAAUUGACAAAUGAAGCAGAUAUAUAUCUAUAUAUAUUUACCCCAGCACUUGGCAGUCUUUCUUUAAUUGCAAU